CUCAGCUUCGGUGUAAUUUGUGUCAAAUAACAUAUAAAACACACACACAGCACACAGAACCUAACUGAAAGCCUGUUAGUUACCAGGCUCGCUUAGCUACUCGAAGAAGUUGCGGAAAAAUAAAGCACAACGAAUACUUAGAGCAUAGCCCAUGUCUCAAAAUGCUUCCAAUCUGGGUCAGCAGCGGCGUCCCGAAAAUAGAAUCACUUCUGUGCCUGUUGAAGCUUCUGAAGUACAGGAUGUGAGCUUCAAUUCGAGCAGUGAGUAUGCCGAAUGGGAUCGAGGGUCCUACGAGCGUAAAAAGGAAACACGCCCACGGCCUGAUCAAAAACCCAAACAAAAAGCCAAGUUUGCUGCUUACUGUUGCCUUUCGGAUGAUAGCGAUCCAAGCUUAUAUAAGAAAUGCCAGAAGCGGGCAGAACGUUAUGUUAAACAGUUUAUAGCAGAACAAGAUGCCGCUGCCAAUUAUGAUUUCCCGAACGAUAUACCUAUAAGGAAUUUCAUACGCAAAGUUGAGCCCGAAACCUUUACCGAUAGCGAAACAACUUCACGUCGUGGCAAAACUGAACUCGCAAAAUCUCAAGACCUAACUGAGAAUAAAACUGAAGGACAAGAAAAACAUUCCGCAAGGGAAGGCUUAAUGUCUAAUCAAGCUACCCCGCGGGAACAAUCUGACACGGAUAUAAGUCAACUAUCGCACUCGUCGAGUGAAGAGUCGAAAACUUUUAGUCAAAUCUAUAGCGAAAUCUACGAGGAGUCACGAGCGCGACAGGAGAAAGCUGAGCAGAUCUACAGAGUAUAUACCAACAAAGAAUCUAAGCGGAAGGAAGAGAAAAGAGAACACUACAUUAGAUCCAAAUCCAGACAACGUACAGCGCGUUGGGUAGAGCACUUGGAUCAGCCCGAUAUUCCCAAUGAGUACUCAACGGAGGGAUCGAACGAAAGCGACAAGGAUUCGGAAUAUUUUCAAUCAUCAGUGAAUGAUAAUUAUUUUACCGAGGAGGAUUACCAAUAUUUAAUUCAAGAACAAUUGGAUGUAAUAGCUCGUUAUCAGCUAGAAUCACGCAGUGGCUAUAGAAACUAUAUUGAAGAGUACAUGAGUGAGCUGGCACAGGCUUUUGAAGAAGAUCAGGCUGCUAGUGGGAGCCAACACAGGGACGCAAAGGACUCUUUGAGUGAGCAAGGAGAUGGCCAAUCCGAAAACAGGAAAACUCAUGAAAGUGAAGUGCGCAGCAGCAAAGCUUGUUCUCUUAAAUUUACACAAAAGAGUUCAAAGUCAAAUGAUAACGACACCAGAAAAACAGAGGUGCUGCAAUUUGAACAUUGUGAUAUAUAUCAUGUUAAGCCAACCGGCAACAGAAUUUGUUCUUCGAAAAAAUUAAAGAAAACUCCAGUUGAAGUUUUUUUCACUGGUCGUGACGAAAGAUGUCAUCAAGAUAAGUCCGAUUUUGAGUACAAAGAAAGCGAGGACUUAAAGCAAGCAUGUGAUAAUAGUGAGCAAAGUGCAGCAAAUAAUUCAAGGAAGUUACUAAAACCUACUGAAGAGCGGAAGUCCCAGGGAAGUCCAGCUAAAGGGAAAGAUGAUCAUAGCAAAGAAUUGAAAGAGAAUGCUUCCAUUUGUUCGCUCAAGCGCGUUGAAAAGCGCUGUUCUCGGGAAUGUGAACAAAAUGAAGCAAAUAGUUCAAGGAGUUCCUUAAAACCUACUGAAGAGCGGAAACGUCGGCGAAGUAUAGAUAAACGAAAAGCUGAUCAUAGCAAGGACUCAAAAGAGAAUGCUUCUAUAGAUUCUUCCAGGCGGGGGGAUGAGGGCAGUUCUCGUAAAAGUGUUAGCAGUAAACAAAUUAAAGACGAUACAGGAAAAGCUUAUCAUGGUAAGGAACUAAAAGCAAAUGUUUCUUUUGAUGCUUCCAUGCGGGUUGAUGAGCGCAGUUCUCAGGAAAGUGUUAAUAGAGAACCAAUUGAAGCAAAUAGUUCAAGGAGCUCCUUAAAACCUACUGAAGAGCGGAAACCUCGGCGAAGUUCAGCUAAACGAAAAGCUGAUCAUAACAAGGACUCAAAAGAGAAUGCUUCUAUAGAUUCUUCCAGACGGGUUGAUGAGGGCAGUUCUCGGAAAAGUGUUAGCAGUAAACAAAUUAAAGCAGAUAGUCCAAGGAGUUCUCUAAAACCUACUGAAGUGCGGAAAUCCCGGCGAAGUAUAGAUAAACGAAAAGCUGAUGAUAGCAUGGAAUUCAGAGAUAAUACUUCCACAGGUUCUUUCACGAGCUUUAUUCAAACUUCUAAAAGUGAAUCAAAUUGCGCUCAAAGUUCAGCAGGUCGCAUUGAAGAGCGCAAGUCGCAGAUAUUUAAAAAGAGAUGUAUGCCUUGUGAGCAAAGCGAUACCGACUGCUCGAAGCCGAUUGAAGAGCCCAAGUCGCGGCGUACUGCAUAUAAGCUCAAACAAUCAGAGAGGAACUCCAAUAACAAUCACAAGGAGCUUCAAUCCCCAACGAAUUCAACUUGGCCCGACGAGAGAUGCACCAAGAAUUUUGAAAUAUCCCCUCUUGAGGCGAUUGAUAGCUCUCUGCUGUAUGCAGAUGAGGUAAUUAGCGUCGACGAUUACUAUUUAAGCAGCAAAGGUGCAACUACAGACAGUUCCCUAAUUAGCACAACACGAUCUAUGCAGAGUGCGCCCAAGACAUAUCAGGAUCGUGCGAGUAGUCCCAUACAGAUCAUCUACAGCGAGCCAAGCGACAGCUUCGAAAUGGAGAUAGACAUGACGCCCACAAUUCAGGAAAUGGAAGACGAUAUUGUUGACAAUAAUGAUAUGGCUGAUGUGGGGGAGUGCUAUGUGGAAAUGCCAGAGAGUGACAGAUCCACGAAAAGUAAGUUGUCCAAGGAAUGCUCCCAGACAAGCAUAGCCAGCGAGGAGAAAGGAGUUCAAUAUCCCAGCAGCGAUGAGCUGGGCGAGUCGUCAAAGAAAAAGAAGCGAGCACUCAAAAUAUACGACCUGGAUGAGGCCCUGCUAGAAGUGCCCAAGGAUUUCAAGGGCAAAGCGAUUGUGUUUGACAACGAGGAUGAAUUGCUGGACAUAAGUCUAAGCGACGACGAUCACCAGCUGCAAGCCAAGCUGCAGGCAGCUGCCUGGGGUGAUGCAAAAAAGGAAGGCAGCUCCAACAAUAUCAGCUGCCAUUCGCUGCCAAGUGGGGAUAGUCGGACAAGCAGCAGCAGCAGCAGCACCGCCAACAGCAGCGCUUUCAGCAUUUGCAGUUAUCAGCCCAGCGAGCGUUUCUAUCGACGCACCCAGCCGGAGGAUGAAGACGACCUAAGGCUACCUGAAGAGGAAAAGGACACUCAGCCGAUUACCUAUGAGAAACAUGUGGCCCGACUCGCCGAGCGUGCGUUGCGAGCUUGUACUGACUACUACCAAAGGGGCGUCCAGCUGAAACCGGAGCUGGAACAAGAUAUUGCAGCAAAGGUGCAAAUGCUAUACAAUUCGGAAACGCAGUUCAAUACGCCGAAGCGCCUUAUAAAACGGGAGGAGAUCCUGAAACAGUUCAAUCUGCGACUGCAACAACAGCUAAACCUUAUCGCGCCCAGCUUUCAGUAAAACAAACACACACACACACACAUACACAAGGGAUACAGCACAACAUCUUCCAUAUAUCCCAUAUAUUUUCUAUAUGAACAUAAAGUUCAGCUUAUAAAAAUCAAGGCAUAAUUUGUUUUAUUGCACACGAACUGAAAAACAA